AUGCUUAUAAGAAGAUUAAGCAAUGCUGUGCUUAAGUAUAGAUUUUCAAAAGAAGUAGAAUCUUAAGGUAUUCAGAGGAUAAGGGCUCCAUUUGGAUUCACUUAGGUAAAUUGUUUGGUUCUUCAUCCAAUAUUUUAUCCAAAUAAAGGUCCAGAAUUGGAAUUAUAUUUGGCAGAGGAAGCAGUAGGAUUAUCAAAAUCAUUAAAUUGGACACUGGAGAAAGGACCUUUUUGGAAGGAGGAAUAUACAGAGAAUAUACGUAGAAGUUAAGGAAGGAAUCCAAUAUAAGCAAAGGUAGAAAAUAAAGAGGAUGAAUUGAAAGCAGAAGGAUGGGAGCUUUCAGGAAAAGCACAUUUAAGAAAUGGGGAAUAUGUUUAUAUACCAUUUUUAUCUGGGACAUAUGAUGAUGGUUAAUUAUUAGUAGAUUUAUCAUCAGAUGAUAGUGGUGAUGAUUUAGGACAUGAAUGGAAAAAUAAAAUAAUUAGAAGUUCUAUAGCAAAAUCAUCUUUAGUUAAAGUAAAGAGAAUUCAUUCUUCUACUUUUUUUACAAAAGGGAAAGUAGCUAUGUUAGGUGAACAUAUAUAUGAUAAAAAGAUAAAUGCAGUAUUUAUUAAUCAUGAAUUAACUCCUUUAUAAACAAGAAAUUUAGAGAAAGUAUGGACUUAAUAUGCAAAAGGAGAAAUAGCAACUUUUAGAAGAAGUGAAAAUCCUGAUGAUAGUGAUAUAGCAACAGAUGCUGAAACAGAUAUAGAAUAUGAAGAUGCAUAUGUAAAAGUAUUUGAUAGAUUUACAAUGAUAUUAUAAAUAUUUGCAAAGAGAUCUACCUAAGGAGUAGCUAGAUAAUAAAUAGAAUUAUCAUUUCUUAAAUUUGCAAAAACUAAAUUAGUAAGAAGUGGCAGUGCAUUUGCAUCUCUUUCAUCAAUAUUUUUAGGAGAUUUAAUGAUGGCAAAAGAAGUUUAUUUGGAAGUUGUAUCUGCAAAAUAAAGAAGAGCUUUAGGAAAGAUGAGUGGAUCAGGAGAGAGUGAAAUAUAGAUAUAAAGAAGAAAGAUAGAUGAAAGGAUUGCUAAAGUACGUAGAUAAAUUGAAGAAGAAGGAUAGUAGAGAGGAAAAUUGAAAUAAAAGAAAUUAAUACAUACUAUUCCAAGAAUAGCUCUAAUUGGAUAUACAAAUGCUGGUAAAUCAUAAUUAUUAAAUUGUAUAUUAUAAAAAGAAGUAGUUGAAAGUAAGGAUCUAUUAUUUUAAACUUUGAGUACGACAUCUAAACAAAUUCGAUUAGCUUCUGGAUAGAAAGCAAUAAUGUUAGAUACAAUAGGAUUUAUAACAGAUCUUCCACAUGAUUUAGUAGAAUCAUUUAAAUGUACAUUAGAAGAGGUAUCAGAUGCUGAUAUUGUAUUACAUAUUAGAGAUAUAUCUCAUCCUUGUACAGAAUAAUAAAAGUAAGUAGUACUUGAAGUCUUACAUUAAUUAGGAUUUGAUGAAUAAUUUUAUAGUACAAAAAUGGUAUAUUAGUUUUAUUUAUCUAAUUUAGAUUGAAGUAUGGAAUAAAAUUGAUUUGAUCAAGAACCCAAUAGAUUUAAAUUAAAUUGAACAAUAGAAUUAUCCUAUUGUUCCUAUUAGUGCCUUGUAGAAUACAAACAUCAAAAAAUUAUUGUAAAUUAUGGAAGACAAAUCAAAUAUGAUUAUGAACAAACGAACAUAUAAAUUGAAAUACAAUAUUGAUGAUCAUUCCUAAAGAUUGAAAUGGCUAUUUGAUAAUGGUAAUAUCUCAGGAAUCCAUAAUGAAGUUCACAUUACUCCUAUUAAGAAAGGAGAUCCUACAUUUAUUGAAUUUGAUGUCAUUCUUGAUGAAAUUACAUUUAAUAGAUAUGUAGCCACAUUCACACCAGAAUAGAGAGUUAAAAAAAAUAAGGGAAUGCCACCUCCUAAUUGGUGA